AUGGUCUGCCCGGUGCUUCUUGCGAUUGCGCUGAAGAAGGUUGAUCUCAAGAGCGAGGAACAUGGGCGUGCCGUCCCAACCACCAUGCUCGUGGUAGCGACGGUUACCUUACUUGCCGGUAUUUGCCCCUUCCUUGUCUGCUGUUUCUCCAAGCGAUUCUUCAGUGGGAGCUCAUCAAGUUCCCCACAUACUGCUACCAUGUUGAUGGCACCCUUAUCCAGCACAUGUUUAGUGGCACUUGCCUGUUGGAUCAUAUACCUCAUCUUACACAGCUGGGCAUUCCCUGUGAUCGGUGCCCUCGUUGGACUCUGCUCCGUGAUCCGUACCGUCACGCACUUCACAACCGCUGUGGGAGAAAGAAAUGCUGCAACUGCAAUGGGACGUGAGGAGUACGACUGCAAUAGACUGGAGAGCUCACUUGACUUCUUGGCUGGUAUAACUGCACUGCUGUUUCUGGGACUGGAAGGCCUGGCUCUGGAGGGUCAGAUUAACAGCACUAAAGCAAUAAUACACGAUCGUCUUACCAAACCAAUCGGCACAAGCUUCAUUGUUUGUGUUGUUGGUGUGGGCUUAAUGCUCCUUGAGACGAUGCCUCCUCGCAAACUCAUAAGAAACCUGACAGAGACCAUUGAUAUCUUCACAGGUUUUGCAGUCUCCUUGGUUUUGUUCUUCAUUAUGUAUGCACUAAUGGAACUAAGAGCGUUGCUUCUCCUAGUAGCUCCCUUCCUCAUUCUCAUGAUAUAUGUGUUCUAUGCCGCUAUCAGCAAGGAUGAUGGAAAUGGCAACAACAAUCACAGGGGUGCCGCUAACGGUGAUGAAGAAUCAGCUGUUAGCAGUAGUGCGGGCAGUGAUAAACCAGCGUCGCUUGAGCUAACAAAGGUAACAUUUACUGGAUUCCUGGCGGUGUCGAUACCAAGCAUCAGCAAUGGUUCAGUCAACAUAUCUACCGAAUGUUUCUUGCACCUUGCAGCAGCAGCUAUUGUCUCAGGCCUCGUGUGGAGGCUCCUAACGCAUUACAAGUCACAGACCACCAUCGCAGCUAUUGCAGAUAUUGCUUCCUUCUGCAACCAUCUCUGUGUUGCAGUUGCUGUAAUUCCAUUUACAAUAAUGGCCGGGAAGGCUCUCUCAUGA